AUGAAUUUCGAUAAGAGUCUAAAAAAUAGGCCAACUCUAUCUUUCACAGGAUUUUCACCAUCUAAAUCAAAUAUUAAUAUAGAGGCUUCUCGAAAGAAUCUGCAAAGUUCAUCCUUUGGAUCACCACAUCAUGCAUAAUCUCUUGAGGUUUAAUUGAAACAGGAAUUUGAGGCUCAAUAUAAUGAAAGAAUUUUAACAAUGCGAAGUUUUUAUGAUAUGAAAUAUUAAACACUCUUUGAAACAGUCAAAGAAGCACUUGAUAAAAUUAUGAAUGAUGAAUUAAUUGAUACAAUGAGACAAGAUAUUACCUCAUAAGAAUUUGUUUAUCAGAGGGUCAGAGAGAUGUUUGAGGAUAUAAUACUUAGUGAGAGAGAAGUCCUCAUAGAAAAGCUCUCCUCCUAAUAUGCCUAUCUCAAAAUGGAAUUUGGAAAAAUUGAAUAAGAUAAAAGAAAAUUAGCGAUAGAGUUAUAGAUGAUCCAGGAUGAGCAAGGCGAUAAAGAAGCAUAGGCUUAAAACUAGGUUUAAUAAGCGUAGGAGCAAAUUUCCUGUAAGGAUUUAUUAUUUAAGUUAAGGAUUAACAAGGUUUCGUAAUUAGAAUAAAAACUGUCUUCGGCUAAUUAAACUGCUAAGGAAGUUUAGCAACUCCAGACUACUGCAAAAGAGUAUAACAUACUAAAGGAGGAAUAUGAAUAAUUGGUUCAAACAAAUGAAAAAUUAUAAUUAAUUAAUAAAUAGCAAGUUUAAGAAAUAGAAUAAUUACAUAAGAUAAGUGAAAACUUGUAGUUAAAAGUAUAGUAAUUGAAUAAAAUUUAUUAAGAAUUAGAGGGUGAGGUGAUUUCAUAUAAAAAAAAAUCAACUGAUUCUGAGUCUAAGACCUAAUUUACAAUUACUAAUCUACAAAAUUAACUAGAAGCAAUAACCUUAUAAUUCAAUCAAUAAAAGAGUGAAUCUGAAAAAAGGUUGGAAAAGGAAGCGUAAACAUAUUAAAAUGAAAUCCACAAAUUAAGUUAAAAAUUACAAAAGAAAAAAGAGAAAUCAACAUUCCACAAAUAAAAUGCAAAAUAGUUAUAAAUUAGAUUAGAUUAGCUCAUCAGAGAUCAUGCUGAGUAGUUAUAAAAUGAAACGUAAUAGUUUCAAAGAAAGAUUAAUGAAUUGCAAUCAUAGAAUCAACAAUAAUUACAAUAAGCCUAAAAGUCUAUUGAUGAUUUGAAAGAAUCUCAUGAUAAAAACCUUUAUACUUUAAGAAACUAAUUUGAAUAAAUAAACAAACAACAAUGUGAUGAUUCAGAUAAGUAAAAAAUCAACUUAUUGAAUGAAUUGGAUCGAGUGUAAACUGAACUAGAAUCUGUUGUGCUGUAAUAACAAUAAUAAAUUGAAAGCAAUUAUAUUCCAAAGAUCUAAUACGAGUAGCAAGUCAAUGAAUUAUAAAAGAAAAUAUCAGACACAAAUCAAAAACUUAGAGAAUAAGAUGCUCUUAUGAAAAAACAAUAGGAUGAAUUUGAUAAUUACAAGGAACAAUGGAAUAGACAACAAAACAAAUUGCAUUUAGAUGUUAAGGAUAGAAAUGAAAUUUAAGAAUAACUUUUAUCAAGAGAAGAAACCAUUAAUAAUCAAAAUAAAUAGAUAUCUUAACUAACUUAAUAAGUUAAGAUGUUAGAAUCUGAUUAUUAAAGAUUGUAGGAAAGAUCCAAAUAAUAGUUAGAAUAUAUAGAAGAAUUGAAAAAUGAUGUAAGUAAUCGUCAAACAGAAGUUCUUAAAAUCUAAAAGUAAUUAAAGCAAUAGAAAGAUGAACUCAUGGAAUAAUACAGAUAAUUGGAGGGAGAAAACAAAACUAAAAAUGAUAAAGUGCAAUUAUUAAAUUCCUAAUUGGAAAGACUUUUAAACGAGUCAUCUGAAAAUGAAAAAUUAUUGAAUUACAAAAGCAAAGAACUACAAUAAUUAGAAGAUGAACUUAUGCAAUAUCAAAAUUUCAAACGCAACGCUUAACAAUUAUCAGAGGAAAAUGAAUAAUUAAGAAUCUAAAUCGAUAAAUUAAUUAACAUUUAAGAGUUAUAAGAAUAAAAAUAGGAAGAUGUUAAAAGGCAAUUAGAUACAGAGUUAAAAUAGAAGAAUUAAUUGGAUUCUCACAAUGAAUCACUCAUGUAAAGACAUUAAAAGUAUGUGAAAACUAUCAAAGAAUAAAGAAAAUAUAUCAAAAGAAGAAUUGCUAGUGAACUCUAAAAAAUGAAAUAGGAACAUGCUAGUCUAGAACAAUACUUAAGAUAAAUUAUUAGGAUGAAAAACAAUGAAGAUAAUUUGUUGAUUGCAUCAAUUGUUACAAAAGUGAAAGAUUUAUGGAACAGAAAGGAAAUUUAACAUGAAAAUGAAAUUUUAAAAAUCAGAAAUGAAAUAUUUGAUUAAUAUAGUGGAAGUGCAUCACAUUUGAGAACUGCAUACGAGUAAACAUUGGACGAGACAUAAAAAUAAUUUGAAUAGCAAAUUGAGAAUUUAAGAGAUGCAAAAGAAAAGAUGGAGGAUGAAAAUAAAGAGUUACUGCAUGAAUUAUAGAAAGUAUAAGUUAUCUUAGAAGAUUAAUCAGCUUUGAUUACAAAUUUAAAGAAUGAAAAUAAAACAUUGAAAAGCAAUGGAAUGCUCAUUGAGAAUGAAUUAUCGAGUACUUUGAAAAAUAUGAAUGAUAUGAAAGAUUCUUUUGAGGAUCAAAUACAAGAAUUAACCAAAUAACUAAAAAAGUAUGAAAGAAAACAAUAACAUUAAUAAGAUUUGAAAGGCUAAGUUGAUACAUUAUAAAAUGAAUUAGAAAAAUUAAGAACUCUUAAUAGAUCUAAUACUUAAGAGACAGAAAAUAGAAUUGCCAAGUUAGUAAAGUAACAAUAAUCAGAAGUUCAAUUGUUAGUCAAUCAAUUUCAAAGAGAAUAGAUUAAACUUAGAUAAGAAUCGACUGAUCUAAAGGAUCAAGUAUCUUAAAAUGAAGAAAUUAUACAUAAGUUAUAUUAAUCACUUGAUGACGUGAAUUAGAUUGUGAAUUAAAAGGAUAAAUAAUUACAGAAUCUGAUUGAGGACAUUGAACAAGAAAGAGCAUCUGAUUAAUAAAAAAUAAAUGAACUAUAGAAUAAGUUAUAUAUUUAGAUUAAUAUUAGAUUGAGAAAAGAAGAGGAUGAAAUGAAAGUGGCACGAUAAAAAGGUUAAAGAGAUAUCGAAAAGGUUCAAAUACAAAUAGCCUCUGCUGAAUCAGAAAAUAGUUAGUUUAAGAUAGAGAAUAAAUAACUAAGGAUGUAAUGUGAAUAAUUAGCAGAUGAAUUAGAAAAGAAGACAAAAUAAUUUGAUCAAUUGAAUCGUGAAUAUGAAGAUUAGAAAAUAAUUUAAAAUUAAGAAAUAGCUGAUUUACACAGAUUGCUUAAAAUACAAGUGUAAAACGAUGAUAUGUCAAAUUAUUAUAGUGAAAGUAAGGAGUUGGCUUAAAGAGUUAAGGAAUUAUAAAAAAUUAACUCAUAAUUCUCAGAUACGAAUUAUCCAAGACGUUAAGAAUCAUCUGUAUAAAAAUUUGAUAGUUCUAAAAAAUUAAAUUCAAGUAACAACUUGAAGCCUCGCCUGCCUAAUUAUACUCCAAUGACAAAAAAAUGA